GGGGGAGGAAGAGGAGGGAGAGCGGCGAGGAAGAGGCCUGCAGCCCGUUCUCGCGGGCCCCGCCCGGCGGGGUCAAUGCCGGCGCCGCGGCCGCUCUCCGAUGAGACCUCUCCGGGGCUGUCGGAGACGCGGUGCCAUCGUGGGGACCGUCACGCUCUGCCUGGCGGCCGGCUGGGCUCUGCAGACCCCUGGAGGAGUGUCGUUAAUUGUCCCACAGCCCAACAUCAACGCAACGGUGGCACAAAAUAUCCUCCUCUCUGUUGAGUACUCCUGUAGAGGCACUGCCACUGUGGAGUGGAAACAUGUGUCGAGCUGGGGCACCGCCAGAAUUGUGGAGUGGAAAAGUGGGGAUUACAUCAACAUAUCCGCCGCCUACAAGGACAGAGUGACUACUUUUGAAAAUGGUUCUAUACAGCUUCUGAACGUGGGCAUGAGAGAUGCUGGCUACUAUUUUAUCACAGUCACAGAGGAGUAUGGAACCAACACCUACGGCACCAUCAUACUCAACGUUUACGAGAUUAUCUACGAAGAUUUACAUUUCGUAGCGGUUCUCUUUGCAUUUCUUGCUGCAGUAUCUGCCAUUUUGAUCUGCUUCAUGUGGCUGUGUAACAAAUCCCUGUACCUAUUCCAGAAGAAGACACAUAAGCUAACAGCAAGUACAACUGAAGAAAUUGAAUUGGAAACCAUUGAGUGUUAGCCAAGGACUGUGUCAUAACAAAAAUAACAACUCUACCUCAGGAGAAAGUAUUGGCAAGGAAAGCAAGAAGGAACCUAAAAGCCCCACAGGCUGCAUUACCCUUCGUUGCACAGGCAGCACAGCAGUGACUCAAUGUCCCCACGAAGAGACUGAGAGAUUAUCAGCAUGGAGUCAGGGCUGCCAUGAGCAGCUCCAUCUUAUACACGAAGUUGCGCCCUUCCAUUUUAUUCCACUGGACUUCCUUGAAGGGCCCUCGAAGAUGGUUCCAUUUGUUGUCCUGCAGCACGUCGCCUUUGGGGAGAUCUUUGCACUGACUCCGUGGAAACUGAACCAUAACUUUGCUGCCACUUUCAGGACCAUUACGUACUGUGAUGAACAAAGAUUGUAUGAGUAUUUUUACACAUUAGAAGUUCCUCAUGUUAAAUAUCCUCCCUCACGUAUGCAACGCAUUAUUGUUUAGUCAAUUCCACACAUGCUGAAAACAAGUGACAAAUUGCCUUACGGAUGUUUAUGUUGUAAAAGCUGCUUCUUUUGAUUUGUUCUCACUGGUUUUACAUUUUUCUCUACAGUUUUUAUGCUGGCACUGCUCUUUGCUAAAGCAAACCAAAGAAACACUUGACAAACAAUCCAGAGAAUACACCUUACACGUGAACUGCAAGGAAAAAUAGCCUUAAUCUCAUCAAGUUCUUGGGUGGCUCUAAUGAGAUCCCUAGCAUUCUAUUCCAAGAAGUACAUUUUAAUUCUCAUGAGCUGCAUCCAUUAAAUAUUUAUUUCUAUUGGAUAUCUCUCACAUGGAGAGGAAUGAAGUCAGGACUGCUGUUAUCAUCAAACUGCAAGGCUGGUGGAGAGAGGGUGGUAUUCUCUAUGUCUAGGUGACAGGUUUUUUGCUUGUGUUUCCUUGGUGUUUUUAUUUCUUUCUCUUUUGGUGGUGGUGGGCUCAUUAUUUGCUUACAGAGGUAACACUCACCCUUCCCAAACACUACACUUGUAGAGUGGAUCAAAACUGCUGUAUGACCAUUUCAGAUCUGGGAAGCAUAGGUGGACACACACCUUAUGCACCAACCAAAACUAACACAUGUGGAUCCAGAAGCCACCUCAGCUGCCAGUUCUUUGCCUACGAAAGGUAAACUUCAAAAUGUAGAAGAGAUGAGGGGGAAAGGCACCUUCAUCUAGUCCAACCAGAUGGCACAAAGCAAGGCCUUCAAGAGCAGGUUGUUCAAAACAACAUCCAGUCAGGUUUUGAGUAUUUCCAAAGAUGGAGGCUCCACAGCCUCUUCAGGCAACCUGGGUCUGACCAUGCUCACAGUGAAAGAGCCUAUUAUGAUUAAAUGAAAUUUCCUUAUAUCAGUUUGUGACCAUGGCUGGGUGCCACUGAAAAGAGCCUGGCUUCAUUCUCACUGCACUCUCCCUUCAGGUAUUUAUGGACAUUAAUGAUGUCACCCCUCAGCCUCCUCUUCUCCAGGCUGAACAGUCCGAACUCCCUCAGCUCUUCCUCACAGAAGAGGUGCUCCAGUCCCUUAAUGGUCUUUGUGGCUGUUUGUUGGGAUCACUCCAGCAAGUCCAUGCCUCUCCUGUACUGGAGAACUCAGCACAGGACACAGGACUCCAGCUGUGGCCUUAUCAGUGCUAAGCAGAAGGGAAAGAUCUCUUCCUUUGACCUGCUGGCAAGGCUCUGUGUGAUGCAGUACAGGAAACUGCUGGCCUUUGUCACAAGGGCAUAUUCUGGCACUCAGUGGCAGCUUGCUGGUGUCUGGGCUUGAUAAGUGCGGGACUUAGCACUGCCCUUUACUGAACACCCUUGAGGAUCCUGCCAGCCCAGUUCUCAAUGUGUUCAAGUCUCUUAUAAUGGCUGCACACGCAUUAUCACCAUCAACUACUUCUCAUUUUUGUAUCACCAGCAAACCUGCCCCAACAUCCAGUUGCUCUAAGCAGCCGUGGUCCCAGUACUGAACUCUGGGGUACACCACACUUGUGGCAUCCAGCUGGAUUUUGUGGCUGAGUAUCACAACCCUUUAAGCCUGGCAUUUCAGCCAGCCUAGCUUCUACUCCAUCACUCUGUCAAUCAAGGACGAUGUUGGCAUACAGUCUCAAAAACCCUGCUAAAAUAUAAAACAUCCAUUGUUCUCCCCUCACUUACUGAAUUAGUUAUCUCACUGUAAAAAGCUUUUGGGCUGAUUGAGCGUAAUUUCUCCUUCACAAAUUGAUGUCAGCUACUUCCAAUCCUCAUGUCCUUAAUAUGUUUGGAAACGGCUGUGUUGUUUUUUUUUUUUUUUAACUCUCUCAUCUUCUUAGUAACUGCAGUGAGGCUGACCAGAUUGUAGUUUCCUAUUCUUCUUCUUUAAUAUAUGACACAGGCCUUCUUUCAGUCUUCAGGAAUCUCUCCUGAUCAACACGACCUUCAAUGGAUCAUCUAGAGUGGAUUUACAGUGACAUUAACCAGGUCCCUCAGUGCUCAGACACAUCCUACAUCAUUCUUUGUUCUAGAUUCACAGAAUCAUCAUCUAACCUCAGUAAGGAGGGUUAAGUUAAGUCUGUGAUCCAUGUCACAGGGAUGUGGGAUUUCUGAAGGUCAGUCUUAAGACCGAAGGAAAGAAGGCAUCAGGUACCCUAGCCUUCUCCAUGUCCUGAGCUACCAGGUCAUGUCCCCACUUGGCAGCAGGCCCAGGCUUUCCCUAGGCUUUCUUUUGCUGCUGACAUUGACUGAAGCUCUUCUUGUUGCUCUGUAUGUCCUUCACCAAAUUCAAUCCCAGAUGUACUUUAGCUUUCCUAUUCCCAUCCCUGAAUUCUUGGGCAGUAUCUCUAUCAUACUCUGAGGUCACCUACUCCUAUCUUUUGUGGCUUUUUCCAUCUGAGUCGAAUCACGAACUCCCUGUUCAUCCAUGCAGAUCUUCUGUCACCUCUGCACAACCUCAUGCACAUGCAAGUGAUUAUUCUUGACCUGAAACAGGUGAGCUCUUCUGGACCCCUCUGUCACUCCAUAGAACAGCAGCCCCGGUGAUUCAUCCAAGCAGAUCCCUGCAGAGAACUCUGUGCUCCUUAAGCCCAUGGUUGUGAUCCUCUUGUUUGCCUUAUUCCCUUCUCUCAAGAUCACAAUUGUUUGUGCAAUCUAUUUUUUCUAUGCCAGUUCUAAGAACUAUUUUCAUGCUUGUCUAAGUCAAACCUAGUUUAAUAAUUAAAUGGCUACUUGGCAAAGUACUCAUUCUCUUUAGGUGCCAAUUCCAUACACAAGAGAUUGCUUCUAGAACGUUUUGCUAUAGGUUGUCAUUGUUCUAUAAAAUGCUGGAGACUGAUUUCAGAGGAAAACUUAAAAACUCUUUAGAACUUAAGAAUUCUGUACACAUUUGAAAUAGAAAGUAUUACCUGAAAUGGCAUAGUCUCCAUUUGGUGAUGCUACAGUUAUUGCAGAUGCAUUGCCAAUACUCUCCACCGGCCCCAGGCCAACGUGAUUACUGAAGCUCAGCACGUGCCAUCCCAUAACUUUUGCAAGCUGCUGAACUGCAUGGACUUGGUGCUGCGACAUCUGAAAGGUGACACGAGGUUCAUCUUAUCAGUAUUUGCACACCACAAAAUGAAAUGCAGAGGAAUGACGACUGUGGGGGAUUUUUUGUGUUUUCUGUUGUUGUUUGGGUUCCUUUUCUUUGUCUGUUUUUGUUCUUUUGGUGGUGGUUGUUUUGGGGUUUGUUUAUUGGUGUUUUUUUAAACAUGUUAUAUAUGUCAGUGUAGCUUUGUAGGCAGAGGCAACCACUGUAUCAAGUACACUACGCAGCCAGGUGACUUUUUUAAGUACUGCUUUCAGUUAACAAGAAAAUAACCCAACUGUUACGAAAAGGAUUUUAAAAUACCUUUUCUUGGAUAGAGAUCUUUGCUGUAAAAUAUCUAAAAUACUUUUGCAAAUAUGUCUUAACACUGCAAACUCAAAUAAAGGCUGAGGUUCUCUGGCA